GUCAGGAUCCCAGGGAUGAGCCUGGCGUCCCAGCAGCGCGGCCUUUCAGAGAGCAAGAGAGAGAGAGCCAGGCAGAGAAGCUCGGGUCUGAUCCUCGAGUGGCCACUAGAGGCGCUGCUGAGCCAGGUGCCUCCCUUCCUCGUUCUUCGCAGUGCGCUCGCAGCCCCGUCCGUCCCUGCCGCGACCAUGGGCGCCCUGCGGCUCAUCCUCCUCCUCCUCCUGGCCGCCUUGGGCUGCUCCGAUGCCGACACCACCGCAGCUACUACUUUGGAAGCACAAAGUGCCAGACAGCAAACUUCAGACAGCACUUCUGAUAAUGCAGCAUCACUUUCAGGAAAAUCCACCUCAGGAUCAUCCAGCAGUACACAACAUUUUAGCCAAACUGAGAAGACUCCUGUCCUUAUAUUCAGACGAGAUAAUAUUACCAUAAGUGGAUUUCCUGAUACUACAUUAACAACAAAUAUCACAUUAGAGAAGCCAACUGAACUUGAACUGUUGUGUAGCUUGGUUAUCAAACCUUCUACAGAAAGGGAAAUCAUGGAAGUUUCCUGGAAGAUAGGCGAUGUAACAAUAAAAGAGGAAAGCCUCAACAGGACAGAAACCCAUACUAAGUGGUGCACUCGACAUACGGUAAAUGUUGAAAAGGAGGACCAAAUGGAAAGUUACACUUGCAUUUUCAAAACCAAACCAGAAAUAAAUGCAACAUUUCAUUUACAAGUGCCUGAGAUACACAUAAAAUCCAAGAAAAUCACCAGUUACGUAGGUGAUUAUGUGGUCCUAACAUGUACAGUUGGCAAGGAUACUCAGCAUUAUAGCCCGUCUUCUUGGGCCUGGUAUGCAACCAAUGGAAGUAAUGAGGCAUUUAUUAAUAUUAAUACUACUGCCAUGCCAGAGAAAUACGCCAUCACCAAGAAUCAUGCUAAUGUAACCAAACUGAAGAUCAUGACUCUUACUGAGAAAGACAGUGGUUCUUACCGGUGUGAAGCCACUUUUCCAUUGGGCAAAAGCAAAGGGAAGGUGUCUUUGACAGUCCUCACCUAUCUGGCACCACUUAAACCCUUUCUUGCCAUCACCGCUGAAGUUAUUGUUUUAGUUGCUGCCAUCUUUAUGUAUGAAGUAUGCAGCAAAAGGAAGGAAGUUCAAGUUGAAGCUGAAAAGGAAUUUGAACAAGCAGAAACACUAAAAUCAGAAGACAGCAACGGUUUGGAAAACAAUACUACAAGGCAAAGAAAAACCUAAGUGCUUUGGAGAUGGAAGGCAACCGAUGAAUAUCCAUUGCAGCAGACAAGUUUGGGCCGAAGUUCCUUGAGGAAAGAAUUCAUCUUAUAUGUCUUAAGAAAAAAUAUGCUUAAAAUGCCUUUUUAGAAAUGAAUGUAUGCAAUGAUGCUACUGUUAUGCACAUCAGUGUACAAGUACUGUAUGAACCCAUGGUGUUGUCAGUGUUCCCAUGGUUAUAUAUAUUGGAGCCUUUUGACUUCAGUUAGAAAUAACCCAGCCUUAAUUGUUUAGCUAUUAGUCUGGAUUUAUAUAUAUGGAGACAUUUAUUUUACUUUACUAUGUUUUAUUGUAUAUGAUGCCCAGCAGUAGUCAAAGACCCCAGGCUACAUUUUUUAUUCAAAGAAAGUAGGGCAGGAACAGAUUAGUCUGUACAAGUCUUGAAUCUGAAGCAAAAUAAUUAUGUGUAUUUUUUGAUAUUUAACCUAGCAGCAAUUUAUUCAAAAUGCUCCAGCUGUUGAAAAGAUUUUGUCAGCCAGUGGGACUUUUAUUAGAACCUCCAAUAUUUUCUCUUUCCUUUUUUUUUUAAUUUGCUUUUUAUACAGAAACAAAUUGCUAACUCUUAUUUUUGAAAAGCUCACUGGAAUAUUAGCAUAGCAACUGAGAGUCUUGAAAAUUAGAAAACAUCAGUUUCUGUCUUUGGACUGUUAAGCUGUAAUGUUAAACCCAGCUGAAUUUCUUUAUUGGUAUGUAGUAAGACCAGAUUCAUUCUUGCUCAUGUAGCUAGGAAUGUUUUCUUUUGAGACUAAAAGGGUAUAUCCAAACUAUACAUACAGAGCUAUACACAGCUGUAAUAUUCAUGACUGAACCAAAGGGAUGAAACUGUAUCACAUAUUCUCUGCAAAAUAUUAGCAGAUCCACAUUUCAAUUUUCUAACUUAUGUUGAAAUGCAGUUUUAAAGUUCUGCCCUAUUUUUGAUCAUAGAUCAAAAUCUCUGUACCCUGAAAUUACCAUCUGAAAUAUUCACAUUGAAGACAGAAUAUAACAUUUAUUACAACUUGUACAAUUUGUCAUUAGAUGUUCAAAAUGUUUUAGUUAAUUUUGUAUUUCAGUAAAAAAUAUGCACAAAGAAGUUUAGCACUUUGGGAAAACCCGGCCAUAGUUAAGCUUUAUAAGGGACAUUUACGGCCCUUCCAGAUAGGCCCUAUUUCCCAGGAUCUGAUCCCAAGUUUUCUGCUUUAAACUGAAUUAUGUGAGUCCACACUGCAAGAUAAUCUGAGCUAAACCUGGGAUCAGUUCCUGGGAUUUAGGGCCUGUCUGGAAGGGCCCUUGCUCUUCAUAGGCAUGAAUUACAUCUCACGACUUCCUCCACGUUACCAUUGACUACUUGCAUGGAGGAAACUUGGCCAUGAACAGCUUCUUAUACAUAGAUCUCCUCCAUGCACACUGUUCUCACACUGUAAUGCACAGAUAUUAGGAGCAUGGGCAGGGUGAUCCCCUAGAAAUCACCUGACACCCCUUUUAAACUGCAUUCAGGUAAGAAGAGACUAACUGUAUGCUUCAUUCACCUCAAUGGAAAUUCGCCAGUUAUGAUUAUGGUCCAGACAUCUCAUUUUAAAGCAUGUGUCAUUUCCAAACUUGUAAAUAAUCAAAGGCUUUUUGUACACUUAGAGUUCAUAAUUCAUGUCCCUUUGGCUAUUUCUUCUGUGCAACCCCACUAAUUAGGUGGAAGUGGAAGCAUGGUUCUUUGGCUCCUGACACUGGAAAUCUAUUCACAGGCCAGUACAGAUGACGGGGCAAUGGGAAUACCUUAAGAGGUGGGAAUAUGUCUCUAUGUUUACACAUGUAUGUUGUGUGGUCCUUCAGGCAACAUCAGAAAUAGCUUUGAGGGUGGAAAAAGUUGUUCACUCCAGGUCAUUGAGUAUACCUAGAGAACACCAAUCUAUACUUUCUUGUUGUUUAAGUAAUAUGGUAUCAUCUGGAGAAGGAAGCCAACAGGGUUAAGGGACUCAUUUUAUGAAAUUUAUAUGACUAGCUUCACUGCUUUCAGAUUUCAUAGCAGAGGAAAAUAUUUUUUUUCCAGUCUUGCUUAACAGAAGUACCAAACUGGAAAUAUACAUCAGAAUAUUAUUGAACAUGCACAGUUUUCUUUAAAACUACCCAUGGUCAGGAAUCUUGUUGACUAGUCCCAAUUAGAAUAAGUCUACUUGAGUGGAGAAUUGGCUCUAUGCCAAUUGGUAUUAACAAUAGGAUUUAGGCUACAGUUUCGUGAGAAUUCAGAAACAAAUGUGUCCAGUACUCUAACCUUAACACCACAGUGAUUCAGACUCAUAGUCCUCAAACAAAUAGCCUGUUCUGGGCUGUUCAGAAAGUUAAAAAGGCCCUGCCUAAACUGCAUCCAUCCCUGGACAUCUCGUGCAACAAUGGAAUCCAGUGGAGAUGAAUGAUGGUAAUCUCUACAUUACCACUUCCUUUAAUGCCUCAUAUCAUCUGGUUGGAAGACUCUCUGGUGAUGGCUUUUAAGCAGCUUCAUAACCAACAGCAGGAGGGAAGAGGAAGGAAGUCUCACAGUGUCACAUUACAUUUAUACCCUUUUCUCCACCAAAUUAGUGUUGGUGACAUGUAUCAAAAAGUAAUAUAAAGAUAAUCAGUGGUGGUAUCCUUUUCAUUUAGUCACAUCACAUGUAUAGAACAACAAAACUCCAUUCAGAACAAAAAAGUUUCAUUUAGAACUCAGCUGUAAAGAGAGAAUAAUCAAACGGGCAGACCUUGGUGAAACAGAAAUGGCUAUUCUGGCCUUCUGUUUCAGUAAGAAAGUGAAUAACCAAAAGGAACUUCAUUUAUAACUCAUGUCUUGCUGAACAAGGUUAGAACAGUGUUGAUUGUGUUAUAGACAGGGGAAAAAAAUCAAUAUCCCUGUCUGACCAAGUUUUAAUAAAGAACAUGGAAAUGGCUUUAAUGAUUGCUAAUUAACUGGCAUUAGAUUUUGAGAAAAGUGAAACAGCAAUAAAGAUAAGAGAUGUGUCAAAUAUUUGGAUAACA